AUGGUACCACAAUUCGUCUUAUUGCAGCAAACUCUGGCUGUCUUACAAGAUAGAAACAUUCGUCCAGUGAGGCGAAGCCAUUCAGACGCUGACAAACAUCCACCAAUGGCUAUAUUCACUUUGAAAAGGAAUCCAAACACAGCGCAUCAAUUCUCAACUCCACAAAUGCUCAGGGAAAUCCUCAUCGUUUUAUCGCUAUUUUUUAUCAUCAAUGGUGCAUUGCUUGUAAUCUUCUACAAACUUCCAAAUAUGACCACUGUAAAUGCCAUUGUUGUCAAAACGGAUAGAUUUGCUGAUCUGCAUCAUGUCUUCACCUUCACCCAGUUUUUUCAGGAGAAUCGAUGUCUCAGAAUCAGAAUCGAUCGAUCCACUUUCCAAGCGUUAUCAUUGAACCGUUUCCUUGCUCUAUCAUUUGGUGGAAUGUACUAUCAUCGAAUGCGCAGAUAUCCAUGGCUUCAAGUCGCAAUUCCUUAUGUUCUUGGAUUCGUCUCGAAGAUGUGGAUUGCUGACAUUUUUAAUAUUCGUAUUACAAUUGUUUCAGCGACAAUCUCGCUUGAUUUUAUUCUCAUCUACAAGAUGAUUAGAUCAAAAAAAACCGUCAAUCAUGCUAGCGAACGUUUCCUCUUUGCUCAAAUCGUGGCCAACAAUUUACCAUUCACUUAUUGUUAUCUACUUGCUCCAUUCCUUUUCAUCACAAUUAUGCCAUGGGCUCCGAUGGUUUCCGAUUUCUUCUAUUACUUUGGAAAUCUGCUUUUAUACUCUGGGAGCCAACUCUAUCAGGGAAUCGUCACCAUUUACCUACUGCGCAAAGACGAACGAAAAAACAUAAUUCGAAACUUCAGCAAUCAAUCUGGGGGUGCGAUUCACUCAAUAAUGGGCAGAAUCUCAUCAGCGGUAAGA